UUUGAUUGUAAUUUGUAUUUGUUUUUGCUUUAUUUCCAAAUAGUUACAAAUAUGGACAGUAAAUAAUUACAAAAAUCAAGAAAACGAAACGGUUGCCAGCUUAACCUCUAAAAACGCUGAAUUUCUACGCGAAAAAUUGAACUUUGCUCAACUUUUGGCGUAUCUGCGGCAGAAUGUCAGCGUAUCCAAUAUGGCGGGAUUUUGGCCAAUCAGAAUUCUGCAUUCAGGUACGCUGUCACGCCAUAAAUGUCAAAUUGCGCUCAUGAGAAGCCGCCCUCAGUCUUAAUACAGCGUUUAAUUGCUCUGUGCGCUCGGUGGAUACGUGAUUACGGCUCUGCUGUAGCUCCGUUCUGCUCUUUGAGCAAAAUACCGGACGCAAGAAAUAAAUGGAGUUUGAAAAACAGUUAUCGAUUUUUUGGUAUAUCCAUUAUCGAUAUGAAAUAAAAAUCGAUAUAUCGUUGCCAUCCCCAAGCGUAAUCCUAACCUAGAAUAUAAAAUGUAAACAAAAACAAAAACAAAACAAAAAAUUCAAAAUAAACAGUAAACAGAUCAAAAAGUUUGUCACAUAAGAUGACAUUGGGACUAUAAAAUUAAUCUUGAAAAAGAUUAGCUGUUCUAUAAUUAAUUUUAAUUAUCAAUUGCAAAGAUGCUGCUUUUGGUGUUAAUUGUCGUUUUUUCUCUGUGUAAUGAUUUAAUUCAAAGUGAGAGGAAUCCUAAACAAAUACAUGUUCUAUUUAGACAUGGAGAACGAUCCCCUACCGGUACUUAUCCAAACGAUCCCCACAAAGGUCACAAAUGGGAAGGCGGUCUUGGAUAUUUGACAAAUAAAGGAAAAUCCCAAAUGUAUUCGCUCGGCCAAAAUGUCCGAGCCCACUACGAAAACUUUCUGCCGCGGUACUAUUGGCCCGCUGAAGUCAAUUUUACUAGUAGCCAAUGGGACAGAUGCCUUAUGAGCGCCGAACUAUUCGGCGCAGGUCUCUUUCCACCGCACGAUUUCCAAAUAUGGAAUUCUGAUGUGCUCUGGCAACCGAUACCUGUUCAUUAUUUACCAAGGAAUUUAGACAAUCUUGUAGCUAUGAAAACAAACUGUACAAAAUACGACAAACAAUUCAUAGAAGUACAAAAUUCCGCAAAAGUACAACAAUACAACCAAGACUAUGCAGAUUUAUAUAACUAUCUGUCGCAGCAUACAGGAAAAAUUAUAAAUAAUAUUGAAGACGUUGAAUCUUUGUUUAAUACUCUGGAAAUUUAUCAACUGAAUAAUUUGUCAACGCCUUAUUGGGUCAAUGAUACUUUGAUGAACGAAAUGAAGAUUAUUGCCGCGCAAAAUUUGGCUAUUUAUUCCGAGACUGAGUAUAUGAAGAAAAUCAAAGGAGGAUUUUUCCUCAAAACCAUUUUGGAUUUGAUGGAGACAGCCUUAAAUGGAACAAAAGACGUACCAACUAUAAAUACUUAUUCAGGACAUGAUUUAACUAUUGUCCAUGUAAUGAGAGCUUUAAAUUUAAUUGAUACACUGAAGCCAAAUUUCGGUGCCUGCCUAAUUUUUGAGCUAUAUGAAGAUUCUACUAUCAAGGUAUUUUAUUGGGACAAAUGGAAUGGAAAGAUAAUCGAACAAAUUUUGCCAAACUGUGCUAGUCCUUGUACUGUCAGCAAUUUUAUUGAAGGAUAUAAAGCAGUAUUACCAGUCAAUUGGGCCCGAGAGUGUGAACUUUAGUUUUUAGCAAUUUGAAACUGAAAAUAUUCCAAUAAAUUCAAAAUACUGAUAUGAAAAUCUUAUUGAAAAAACUAUCAUAAUAGAAGUUGGUACUGGAUUUGCUGUAAAAUAAAAAAAGCGAUAAACCAGGAUAUAAAU